AUGGCAAUUGAUAUGAACGUUGAUGAGUUGCUGGAUGAGUUGGCCGAUGCUCUUGCCACCAUUGCCUCAAUGAUCAAACAUCCAGAUACAAUUUAUGUUGAUCCCUUGGAUAUAGAGGUAAAAGAACAGCUUGUUCAUUGUUCUCAUGUUGAAGCGGAACCAGAUGGGUUGCCUUGGUAUUUUGACAUAAAGAAUUAUUUGGAGACCGGGACUUAUCCUGAGAAUGCAACGUUCAACCAGAAGAAGUUGAUACACCGUAUGGCCAAUAAUUUCUUUCCAAGCGGGGGAAUCCUUUAUACGAGGACUCCAGAUUUAGGCCUUCUCAUAUGCGUUGAUGCUAUUGAGGUUGCAAAACUUCUUGAACAGAUACAUGUUGGAGUUUGUGGUACUCACAUGAAUGAGCUCACUUUGGCAAGAAAGAUCCUCCGAGACGAUUUGAUUCGAGUAUCGCCUCACGAACUCAAUGAUAUGAGUCCGCCUUGGCCUUUCGUAGCCUGGGGCAUGGAUGUCAUUGGUCCAAUAGAGUCAGUUGCCUCUAACGCACACAGAUUCAUUUUGGUUCCCAUUGACUACUUUGCCAAGUAUGUUGAAGCAACUUCGUAUAAGUUGGUGACCAAGAAAGUUGUAGUUGAUUUCGUCCGUAGCAAUUUGAUAUGUAGAUUUGGAGUACCAAAUUCCAUCAUUAUUGAUAAUGGAGUGAAUCUCAACAGACAUUUGAUGAUAGAGAUAUGUGAACAAUUCAAGAUUACUCACCGAAACUCAACCGCUUAUCGUCCCCAAAUGAAUGGAGCUGUAGAAGCCGCCAACAAGAACAUCAAGAAGAUUCUGAGGAAAAUGAUUGACAAUCACAGAGGUUGGCACGAUAUGUUGCCAUAUGAUUUUUUGGGUUACAUAAUGACUGUUAGAACAUCAAUUGGAGCAACUCCAUACUUGUUGGUAUACGGAACAGAAGCAGUUAUACCUGCCGAAGUUGAAAUACCAUCAUUAAGGAUCAUCCAGGAAGCUGAAUUGAGUGAUGCUGAUUGGGUUCGCAAGCGGAUUGAUCAGUUAACAUUGAUUGAUGAGAAGAGAAUGGUUGAUGUGUGUCAUGGUCAAUUGUAUCGAGAGAGAAUGAUUCGUUCUUUCCACAAAAGAGUAAGAGCCAGGAUGUUCGAAAUUGGCCAGUUGGUUCUCAAACAUAUUUUCCCUCAUCAGGAUGAGUACAAAGGAAAAUUUGCACCAAAUUGGCAAGGACCCUACAUGGUUCGCAAAGUGUUAUUUGGAGGUGCCAUGGUACUGUCAGAGAUGGACGACAUCGAAUGGCGUAAACCGAUCAACUCAAAUGUUGUCGAGAGAUAUUAUGUGUGA